UGUACUGUGUGUAUAUUCUGCGAAACGAUCGGCCCCGAGCCAUUGUCGUGAAAAAAAAAAAAAAAAAAAAAAAAAAAAAGCAUAAUUAUGCACGAACGAAAAUGGAACCGGGACGCAAAGUUCGCCCUGGAGUUCAGUAAAUUCUGCGUCUGGCCGAUCGGUCUGUGGCCACUUGACUCCGAAACCCUGUCCUCGCGAAUCCGUGCCCUCUACUCCUUUACGACGCAGAUAUGGAUGAUCGGCGCCCAGUCGGCGGCUGCUUACUUGAACUGCGGCAGCGAGGAGGACAACGUCGACUACGUAAUGAUGGCGGUGUGCGCGGUCAUGGCGUUGUCGAAGAUCGUCGCUUUCAGGCUGCACUCGAGAGAGAUGCGCUUCGUUUUGGCUUCGGUGGAGGACGAUCUGCUGGCGGUUACCGAAGACGAUACUCGCCGAGUCGUGAGGCCGUUCGUCAAAAAGGGACGGACGGUGUUUUACAUACAGAUGAUCUUCAGCUACAUGACGAGCGCGAUCAUCGUGAUCAGUGCCCUGCCGAUUUUCAUGCCUCCCGCCGAUCCGGUGAACGGGAACAAUACACUGGACUCAACGCCACUGAGACAGUUGCCACUGCAAACCGGUUGCAUGUUCGCCGGUUUCAGGGACGGAAUUUACGCUUCCAUGUACGUGUACGAGAUCACCGUGAUCUUGGUGGCUCAGCAUGGCAACGUGGGCUCGGACGUUUUUAUCUUCGCCCUGGCAAUGCACCUGUGCAGCCAAAUCGAGUUGCUGAAAAUCAAAUUGGCAAAAAUCGGCACGAUUUCCGAGGAACCGCUCGAUGAUUGGCGUCCCCGCAUCGUUGGAUACAUUCAAAGACACGUGGGGAUAUUGAAACUGAUUCGGACUUUCAACGAAUCGCUCUCCACGAUGCUCGCGAUUCAGAUAAUUCUUAACGCUGGGAUGAAUCUCAUGCUGGGUCUUCGUGUAAUAAUGGCCAUAAAGAGCGGCGUCUUAGAAGAUGCAGUCAGGCCGAUUUUUGCUUUCAUCGUGCUGAUGCUUCAGUUGUACCUGAUGUGCUAUGCGGGCGAUCGUAUUUCGCAUCAGGCGAAAUCCAUUUUGGAUGCAAUUUACGAUAGUUAUUGGUUCAAACUACCGACGAAACUUCGCCAGGACUUGUACUACGUGGCCAUGAGAGCUAACAAACCUGUUUAUCUGAUGGCUGGUAACCUGAUGGCUAUAAAUCUCGAAAAUUUCAAAAGAGUGCUCAAAGCGUCUUUCUCGUACUUUUCAAUACUUCAAAUGAUGUUUGAGGCUGAGUAA